AUUUGCGUGAAAUGGAUUCUAUCAGAGUUUGGUUUGUUGUGAAUGUGAAUUUGUGUGUUGUUUUCAUUAAUUUUGCGUUGUUUUUCUGAACAUUAUACAUUUUAACAGAAUAUAAUGGAACCUGAAGAGGAAAGAACACCUGAAGAUGUCCGAAAAAUAAUCAAAACUGCAAAACUUCAUGAGUCUGAGUUAACGGAAAUUACACAGAUAUUAAGAUUUCCAGACCCAAGUAAACAAAACCAUAACUUAAAACUUAUACAGCUGGAUGCCAACUUGCUGAAGAUAAUAGAAGAAGGCCAGGAAUUAUUAUUCAAAGGAGAUCCAGAUGAAAAUGUUGUGUUAUGCACUAGUGAUAAGACAUACGAUGUUAAAGAAGCAGAAACAUCUAACAGCCUUCUCUUAUUGCCUGACAUGUUGUUCGCUGCAUCUACCGGCCUCGACGAUACCAAGAAAAAUAAUUCCAUGGAAUAUGAUUCAGACACAUCUUUAGAAAAAUCGAAUACAAGUUUGAAUAAAUCGACAGAAUCUGAUGAGGGUAAAAGUCCUAGGAUGAUUCAGAACAAAGAUAUUAUUAACACUUUCUUCACCUAUUACGAAUUGAAACCCUGUCAACCUCGUUUAUCAAAGUUGAGAAAAAUCCUAGAACCUACCAAAUAUCAAGGAUCUGAAUUGGAAUAUGCUGUGGAUAAAUCUAAACUUCUAACUUACGAAGCAAUAUUCGAUCAGACUCAAGCAUCUAAAACUGAACUAAAUGCUGAACUUAACAAAAUUCAGGCAAUUGAAAUCGAUGGAUAUUACCGUUUAUUGGAGUUUGAUUAUGAAUUUCGAGUACUUUCUUAUAUGAUAGACUUAAUAGAAGAAAAUUCCUGGCCGUUGAAUAGAAUCUCCAAAGAAAUUACUUUAGAUAGUUUAAAAGAUCUUGUACCGUUGGCUAUUUUGGAAUCAAUGUUUGGAUUUUAUACUUUCGAAUCAGUUAAAGAAGGUGGUGUCCAGUAUUACCAGUAUAAGGAAGAUAAAGUAUGUAGAUUCUUAGCGAGAGUACUGCUUAAAAAUGCUGGAAAAUUUAAUCUUGUCGAGUUUUUACAAGCGUGGAAUGACUCUGUUCCUGAAGGAAUGACUCCCCAUGAAUCUUUGCUGUCUGGUAUUGCAUUAAUCGACAAAACUACUACCCCUAAAGUUGUGUGGGGUUUUAGUGAGAGCGACUUACUAGAAGAUAUUAAUGAACGAUUCAAGAUUCUGUUUCAAACGAGACCGAAAUGGACAGUUGAUGAGAUAUCUCCAUACAUCAAUUGUUACGCAACGGAUAAGAUGAAUGUCAAUGCGUUAUUAACAAAGUACGCAAGAGCCUCUACACAAGAUGGCGUGAGAGUAUUUUCUGCAAAACAUAUGAAGUAGCUCUAUACCACCCAUUCAUAUUCAGCCUAUAAAGCUAGUGUCGGACAAGGUACUCGAAAUCAAUCAUAUUUUGAUCUACUGUUAUUGUUGUAAGGGCAUAAUAAAACAAUGU